UCCUUGGAGCGUGUGUAAAGUGAUGAAAAGAUACCUUAAAACUAUAUCUCCACACUGUGAAUCUCCCCCACACAACAGACGUAACAAAGUCAUCAAGUAGGAAAAUUGUUUAGAACAAUCUAACAGAAGUCCCUCGUGAGUUUGCCUGUGUGCUCCAAUGAAGUGUGAAUAAGUCCCAUAAAUGUUUUGAGGUUAGAGUUGCCAUUGACAUUUCAACAAUGAUUCCUCGCAGUCUCCUCGAUUUUACUGCGACUCCAAUCUGUAUCUUGACAGUAUCAAUAGUGUUUUGUUGUGCGGUAUCGUCAGCACUAGGUGAAAAUGCUCCAGUGGAGAUUGAAAAGCCCGAGAUUGUCGUAGCAUCAACGAAACAUGAGGAAUCAACGGUGGCAACUCCGGUUCAGGGAAGCCUGGGAUUUCUCCACGCCUUCAUCGCAGCCCUCUCUGUCAUCGUUGUCUCAGAACUUGGGGACAAAACCUUCUUCAUAGCUGCUAUAAUGGCCAUGAGACAUCCUAGACUCACUGUCUUUAUUGGGGCAAUCAGCGCACUAGCACUCAUGACAAUACUCUCUGUUUUCUUUGGAUAUGUCGCUACUAUUAUACCUCGAGCGUACACCUAUUACAUAUCUACUGCUUUAUUCGCGCUCUUUGGGUUGAAAAUGCUGAGGGAUGGGUAUUAUAUGUCUCCCACCGAGGGCCAGGAAGAGCUCGAGGAGGUGCAGUCUGAUCUCAGGAGGCGUGAGGAUGAGCUGGAGAGGGAGGUGGGAGUUGCUAUCGUAACGCAAGACCCUGAGACAGGUGUAAUACGAAAGACUCCGAAGACGACAGCCCUCAUGCUCCUCUCGCGAAUAUUCUUCCAGGCCUUCACACUGACGUUUCUCGCUGAAUGGGGCGAUCGAUCACAGCUGACUACCAUUAUUCUUGCUGCACGAGAGGACAUCUACGGAGUUAUCGUUGGUGGCAUCCUUGGGCAUUCGUUUUGCACUGGACUAGCUGUUCUCGGUGGCCGUAUGAUAGCGCAGAGAAUAUCCGUUCGAACAGUUACUAUCAUCGGAGGAUUGGUUUUCCUAGCGUUCGCCGUCACUGCUCUCUUCAUGGACCCCACAGAGACCGUGUAGAUAAUUUAAAAUCGAGAACACAAUGCAAGUCGACUUGUACUCUACAACAUGUCAUGCUGGAUAUGUAUUCCUGCAGCGUAUCACUGUAAAUCAAUAUUCACUCCAUAGUAUUAUUGAAUAGUACACUCAAAUCAUUCGCGUGAAUCCAGUGUAAAUGGUAUAUUUUUAUAUUUGUAUUUUCAUUGAGAAUGAUUGUUUUUAUUUCCUUAACGACAUUGUGCCUUGAAAAAUGAAUGGCACAAGAUGUUGUGCAGUCGAGGCUGUCUGGAAUAGCGUAUGACAUUUGUAGAUAUAGAAAGAUUAAUUGCGGUGCAAUCUUUAGAGGCGUAUUCACUUACCGAUACGAGUGUUUGGAAUUCACAUCGAUGUACCUGUACUUCAUAAUUUUCCUUCAGUUGAACAGCAAUUACUGAUAAGCAUGGUAAAUCAUUGUAAAUAAUUGAAAUAAAUUCCAAAGUGAUAAAUCAA